AUGUAUACCAAGCAGCAUCUGCGCGACCUCAUCGAGUCGGUCGACUCUUAUAUCAACCAUGGCGGCGAGCAGCAAAGCCUACAUCAAAUGCGCAAGGGUGACCCAGAAAACGGUAUGAAUGCAGAGGACUCGUCCCGGUCCUUCUACUCGUUCGUCCCCACAGAGCAUCAACCCAUCGACAACCGCCAGCGACACAGUCGUCCUGGUGCGCCUGCCGCGCACUAUUGGGCGUACCUUUUUUCAGUCAUCAAGAUGCGUUUCGCCGCCCCUCUCGCAGCCGUCAUAUCUAUUCUCGGCGCCACACGAGGCAUCGCCGACUUGCCACCGCCCCCAGCACCCGAGUCGUUCAAUGUCGUCGAGCUGCCUCUCCCCCCUGUGGCGCCCACCUCUGGAGAGGGCGCCUGUACCCCAGACAUCAACCCUCACGGCACCGGAUGCAUUCAAGUAGCUCUGGACGGGUUCCAGGCCGGUGGCUUCACCCCGGAUGGCCACCACGUUGUCGUCAGCGUCGUCAUGGUCGGCGCCCCGGCUGCCCCUGAUCCGGCGAGCAUCUACACAGGCAAGCAGCUCAUCCUCGUCAAGGCAGACGGCACUACCUUUCCCAACGGAGACCCAUGGAAGUGCCUGAGCUGCGCUGUGGCCCCCGAAAACGCUGUAUCUCUGGACCCCCUGCGCAACUAUCCCCAGGCAUUCCGGAGCGGCGACAAGGUCCUGUGGGGCCGGAACAUUGUCGACUGUGACGGUGAGCCUCUGCAAAGCGAGGCCUGCGCAGCAGAGAAGACGCACAUCUACCCCAUCCACUGGAACAGCAAGCCUGACGGGACCGGGUCGGGGCCCCGGGAGCUCCGAAUCCAUCCCGACAACGAGCAUCUCGCGUGGAGCUCUUUCACCGAAAGGGGCGGUCAGUUCUGCUACCUUGGACAGCUGGCACUGAACCCAGAUCCCGAGGAUGGCGUCCCCAGGUAUGACCUAGCCAACGUGCAGUUGCUCGUGGACCCGAAUACAAACCCCCCGAUCGAGGCGGUCGGCUCUGAGCUGCGUCUGCACGACGAUGCCAUCAUGUUGGGUGAGCUUCGUGGCUUCAGCGGCACGGGUGAUGAGAUCACCUACGUUGGGCCCCCAGUCGAGUCCAACAACAUUGACCUGUUUGCCAUCCAUCUCAUCACAGGCAAGGUUCGCCGUCUCACGGCCCACCCAGACUACGCAGACCCCAUUGCCUUCUCGUGGGAUGAUGAGUGGUUUGUGGCCAUGGACACCAGGGUCUCCGAGCGUCAAAUGUUCAUGUCGGGCAUGCGACACGUGCCGCCCCUGAUCGAUCUAGUCACCGUGACUGUGGCUUCCUCCACCCGCAACAAUGGGCGACGCCGAUUCUUCCAGCCCGUCCUUGUAGACCGGCAUGGCGAUCGGGGCGACUACUAUGGCCAGCAGGUCAACGCUGAGGGCGAUGACACGGACGGCGCCGUCAACGACCCCAACUGGAACGGCAGGGCAGACCCAGGCUUCUCCCCCGACGGUACCAAGAUCGUGUUCUGGCAGGGUCUUGUGGUCUCCCCCUCUUGCGGUGGCGUGAACCCCCUGCCCUGCCCUGAGUCUACUGCCGACGGUGGCCGCGAGUACCGUCUCAUGCUCGCCACGCGCCUGGAUCACGAGCCAAAGGCUGUCCCUCCCGUGUUUGAGGUGCCCGAGUCUAUCCCCUGGGCCACUCCGUACUGCCCAGACGACUUCGAGGCGCCACCUCUCUACACGGUGGAGCCGGGGAGCUACACUCUCCACGGUCAGGCAUUCGGUGUGGCACACGUGCGCAUCAUUGCCGGCAACCAGACCGUCAACGGCCUACAGAGGGUGGUAGUCCACUAUGACGGUUACUCGGACGACGGCGAGCACGUUCUGGAUGGCACGGAGGAUGUGACAGUCACUGUUACGCCGCCCAACUUCUGGAACAACCGGGUCGAGUGGUAUUCUGAUCUGAGCCAGACAGGCGCUGUCAACGCCACGAAAAAGACGAGUCCAGGCGGGUUCUUCCUGGAGUUGGAUGCCAUGGUUAACAUCUUCAACGCCACAGGGAACCUGACGACCACGAUUGAUGGGGUCGUGUAUCAGCGGCCCCUGAAUGGUGCUUAG